AUGGACGUCGAGUCGUCCGGCUACGUGACAAAAAUGUGGUGGAACCGCCGGGAAAUCGUAGGUAACGCGACCGGAGGCUACACCGACACGGGCGGCAAGACGACGUUCAAUUUCACGUCCGGCCCGACCCUGAUCGAAAAGACGGACUCCAUGAUCCACGUAGGAUUCAACAACUCCUACUUUGGUAACGUCUAUUACGUUCUUUUUAGUGGUCUAAACGGUCACUACCAAUACGUCACCAACCGGAAUCUAGGAUACCAGGGCGAGGUCCGGAGCCUAUACCGCCUCGACCCGCUUCAGUUUACUUGGGGUCGGACCAACAUCAAGAAUGCGCCGCUACCCGCGAUCCAAGACAUCAAAACCGGAUACAAAGUGCAAGACGAGACUUGGCAGAGGCCCGACGGCAGCUACAUCACUAAAUAUGAUUUCUCGUGCUACGUCAGAGACCUCGACUUCCACGGCUUAUACGGAGACGGCGUCGGAGCUUAUGUGAUGGCUCCGGGGAAAGAUUACUACAUCGGCGACCACCUCAAGCAGGAGCUUAUGCUUCACAGGGAGAGCUCUACCGACGACGCCGUUCUGCUACACAUGUAUCACGGGUCACACUACAAUUCCGAAUUCAGCAAUCUAAUCCCGCCAGGCAAGAUGUGGGGACCAUGGCUCUUUUACGUCAACAACGGCGACUUAGACGAUGCCGCGGCCCGGAGUAAAAAAGAAGACGCAGCGUGGCCUUACCCCUGGCUCCAGGAUACCAAAUACCGCCAGCGAGGCACUGUGCGAGGGCGGCUAGUCUUCAGCGACGGACGACCCGCAGCCGGCGCCGCUAUCUUCCUGGGCGACGAGGACGGCGCCGAAACCAAUAACCAGGGUUCUAACUACCAGUAUACCACGUACGCCGAUGCCAACGGUUCCUUCGUCCUGAGCCACGUUCGACGGGAAAAGGGGUAUCGCCUCCUAGCGUGGGCCAACGGGGGUUCUCUUGCCGACGUAGAAGGCGCGCACAAUGGCACGGCGGUGGAGUUCGCCGGUACAAACCGUUCCGAGAUCGACCUAGGUACCAUCGUAUGGGAAGUUCCAACAACAGGCCGGCGUCCAGGAUGGCGAAUCGGUGAUUUCGACCGCAAGACGCUCGGGUUCAGAUUAGGCGGGGUACCAAUGGAACACGGCCUAAGCGACGCAUGUCCAGCGAACCUCGUAUACGCCAUCGGCUCUAGCCAGGACGACGACUGGUGUUUCGCACAGAGCGCGCAAGGGAACUGGACCGUGAUCUUCCCCGAAGCAGACCGAGAGCGCGGUGCAGUCCUCAGUCUCUCGUUCGCGGGGUACACGAGCCAGAACGGAUACGGACUUGGCAGGGACUCGUACGCUUUUCCGGAGGUCGAACCGACGGGUCUUAACGUCAGCAUGAAUCAGCAGUUGGUCGGGACUAUCGUGAGCGAAAACGCAACAGACGGGGCGCUGUAUCGAAGCGCGACGACAUCCGGCGGUUAUUAUGCUAGGCAGUUCAUUAUCCCCGGGGAAAUGUUCCUCUCUGACAGAGCCAACAGGCUAGAUUUGAGUCUAACGCAAAACCAUAGAUGGAGAGGGAUAAUGUGGGAUGCGCUCAAGCUUGAGUGGUUGUAA